GAUAAGUUUCUGCUACAUUUUUUAACCAUUUUGUAAAAGUGUAUUUAUUGUCGAGAUGAGUAUUAUUAAAUUAUCAAGUUUUGUACAAUUAGGACAAUGUGCAGAAAAAAUAUUGCGUUUGUCUACACGUGGUAUUUCAGUUAAAACGCAUGCCAGUCCUUUAAAAAAGGAGAAACCAAAAACUGGUAUAUUAAUGUUGAACAUGGGAGGACCAACUAGUACAUCACAAGUACAUCAAUAUUUAUUACGCAUUAUGACAGAUCGUGACAUGAUUCAGUUACCAUUUCAAAGUAAACUAGGGCCAUGGAUUGCUCAAAGACGUACACCUGAAGUACAGAAAAAAUAUUCUGAAAUAGGUGGUGGAUCCCCUAUUUUGGAAUGGACAAAUAAACAGGGUGAAUUGUUAUGUACAAAAUUGGAUAAAAUUUCGCCAGAAACUGCACCGCACAAAUAUUAUGUAGCUUUUCGUUAUGCUGAUCCUCUUACGGAAGAUACGCUUAAUGAAAUAGAAGAUGAUGGAGCAGAACGCACUGUAGUAUUUUCACAAUAUCCACAAUACAGUUGUGCCACAUCUGGAUCAAGUUUUAAUGCCAUAUACAAGCAUUAUAAAAAUAAAGAAUUACCAAAAGAUAUGAAGUGGAGUAUAAUAGAUAGGUGGUCGACGCAUCCACUUUAUAUCAAUACCAUUGCUCAAAGAAUUAUGGAUGAGCUUGCACAUUUUCCUAGCGACAAAAGAAAUGAAGUUAUGAUUUUAUUUUCUGCGCAUUCUCUUCCUUUAAAGGCAGUGAAUAGAGGUGAUCCAUAUCCUUCUGAAAUUGGUGCUACUGUUCAGUUAGUUAUGCAAAAAUUAAAGUUUUGCAAUCCGUACAGUUUAGUUUGGCAAUCCAAGGUCGGGCCUUUGCCGUGGUUAGAACCGUUCACGGAUAAUGCAUUAAAGAAUUACGUAAAGCAAGGAAAGAAAAAUUUUAUUUUAGUACCUGUUGCAUUUGUAAAUGAACAUAUAGAAACACUUCACGAAAUGGAUAUUGAAUAUUGUCAAGAAUUAGCGGAGAAAAUUGGAGUUGAAAAUAUUAGAAGAUCAGCGGCGCCGAAUGAUCAUCCAUUAUUUAUAGACGCUUUAGCUGACAUUGUUUAUAAUCAUUUAAGAUCCGAACAAACUAUUAAUCCGAAAUUUUUGACGCGAUGUCCUCAUUGCGUUAACAAAACUUGCGAACAAAGUAAAAAAUGGUUUUCGCAAAUUUGUAGGUCUUAAAAUUAGUAUAUUAGAAGUAAAUUAUGCUUUAUAUACGUAUAUAUAUAUAUGUAAUAUAUUUAUAUAUUUAUAACAUUAUAUACUUGAUAAGUUAAUAAAUAUA